AUGGAGGAGACAGGCAGUGGUGGUGCACAGGGGCUGUCCUCGUUCGUGGGGGAGCGACAUGCGGCAGCGGCUGCGGAGGUGGCCGAGUUCGAUGGGUUGAUGGAGCGCAAGCUCAAGCAGCUGCCGCCCUCCAAGCUCAAGGACAUCGCGGUCGUCGUGGGCAUCCCCUUCUACACCGAAGUCUCCAACAUCAUCUCGGUUCUGGUGACUCUGCGCGAGGUGUUCCAAGAGCGACGUCAGCGGUGUCUCGUGUGCGUGGUGGGCGAGUGCGCGCGGUCGGACUACGUGCAGAUGAUUGACGUCGCCGAGCUCGAGGAGGGCGAGGCCUGGGAGCAGGAGAGGUUCGUGGGGAUUGAAACGAUGUGGAAGCCCCUUCCCAAGUUCGCACAGAAGCCGUGGGCGGUGCGCGCGCUGCAGCUCGUGGCCGCCGCCGCCAACAAUGGCAAUGGUACGCAUCUGUUGGUUGUGGAUGCCGACAUUCAGUUCAACCACUGGGAGCUGUCGGCCAAGAGCCUCGUCGUGGCUCUCCUCAACCCGCUGCUGGCCUACGACCACCAAUUUCUCGAACCCUCCCAGAUCGGGAAGCCGCCCCUUGCGGAGUCCACAUCGUCGUCUGACCUCAGCUUGUCGGCUUCGUCGUCGUCGUCGUCAUCUCCCGUCGGCUCUGCUCCCAGUUGUGCCGAGCCGGCGUCGGCGACGAUGGUGGUCCUCAACGCUCCCCGGAGCUUCAUCGCCGACGACGGCCUCGUCCACCUCUUCACCUACCUCUUCGUAUACGCCGUGCUCGGUAUCGAAAUCCACCAAAUCUAUGGAGGCGAGUUCUCUGUGCACCGCGAGCUGAACAAGGUAUCGUACGUGUGCGCACGGGUGAAGCGUCCGGCUCUCACUGCAUAA